CGAGUCUGUCUGCUGCAGCCCUUUCUGAACCUCUGGCUGUCUGGACGCUCCAUUGUGCUCCUUACCAAGAUGAAGUGCAUCUUGGUGGCCACUGAGGGCACAGAGGUCCUCUUCUACUGGAUGGAUGAGGAGUUUGAAGAGAGUCUCCAGCUGAAGUUCGGGCAGUCAGAGAAUGAGGAAGAAGAGCUCCCUGCCCUAGAGGACCAGCUCAGCCCCCUCCUAGCCCCGGUCAUCAUCUCCUCCAUGACGAUGCUGGAGAAGCUCUCCGACACCUACACCUGCUUCUCCAUGGAAAACAGCAACUCCCUGUAUGUCCUUCACCUGUUUGGAGAAUGCCUGUUCAUUGCCAUCAAUGGCGACCACACCAAGAGCGAGGGGGACCUACAGCGGAAGCUGUACAUGCUCGAGGCAUUUCUCAAAUGCACAAACAUUGUUUCAUGAGUCAUUUUAGCCCAGAUAGGUCAUGGUUUCAGUGGCAAAUGCUGCAGGUGGUAGAUGCCUGUUACAUCAACCACAUUGGC